AUGAAGCAAUUUAGGCAUAUUCUCCUUUGCCUAUCGGCCCUCGUUUACGCAGUUCAUGCACUCAUCAAAGGCAUAGACCCUCACAACCCACCUCUAAGAGCCAUACCAGAUGGCCAAUCUGGUUACAACCAAUGCGGCACCAAAUCCAGUCCUGAUAGCAAAUGCCAAAAUUUGUGGAUCAAAAGUGCCACCGAGUUUUGUAUCUUUGGGCCUCCUUAUAUGGCAGGCGUGUCAGCGACAGAAAGAGAUGCGGUCUCGUACUGUACAAUGGAUGGCUAUGGUACUCGACUAAUUCCUCCGGGGACAUUCACGAGUGUGCAUUACGUAGUCACGAAGCAUUACAUACAAAUUUCUGGACGUGGAAAUAUGACCAAUAUCAAUGUGAUCCCCGGCAACGAUGGUGGAGAAAUGGAUCCCAAUAGUUUGACUUUGGCAUCCACUAUCACAGGUGGGCUAGUGUUUGGAAAAGAUAACCAGUUCGAACAAUGGACCGAAUUCCUCUUGACCGACGAAUUUUGUAUUCGGGUUUGUUUCAAUGGACCGGAUGCAUGGAGAUACUGCAAUCACAUUUAUGACUUGCUGGCAUGCAGGUGGAAUAUACCGGGGGACUAUUCUCCUGGUUUUGACACCUGCAAGGGAGACGACGUGCCACUGCCGAUGGGCGAAUAUCGACUCCCCAACGGCUCGAUUCACACAUUCAAUCAAGGUGACCUACGCACUCCAGCACCAGGGCCACCGGGGAAAGUUCAUGAUUGUCACAAGAUAUCUCCUCCGGGUGCGAGCUAUAAGAUACCUACUCUAGCAAAGCCACCUCAAUGA